AUGGAAAACAUGAAGAGCAAGAGCCCCAAAGCACCUGCACAGUGCCAUUCCUCUCAUUCCGGUCCCUGGAAAAACAUGGUGGAAUAUGUGAAGAAAGUCCUAAGGAGCAUAAUUUCCAAACGGAUACGGGAAUGGGUGAGCGACUACUGCAAACGCAAUGGUUUACUGACCCUGUCUGUCCUCGCCGUGAUAACGGGCUGUGUGGUGGGAUUCAUGCUGAGGAGUUUGAACUUGUCCACUCAGGCAAAAAUUUACUUCUCUUUCCCUGGAGAGCUUCUUAUGAGAAUGCUAAAGAUGUUGAUUCUGCCUCUCAUCACAUCGAGUUUGAUGUCUGGCUUGGCCGCUAUGGACAGCAAGGCCAGUGGGCGUUUGGGUCUGCUGACCGUCACCUAUUACCUGUGGACUACCUUCAUUGCUGUCAUUGUGGGAAUUUUCCUGGUUCUUAUCGUUCACCCCGGUACCGGAACAGAAAAAGAGGGGCACCAGUCUUCAGGCGGGCCGGUGAUGACGUCGGCCGACGCCCUGCUCGAUCUCAUCAGGAAUAUGAUUCCAUCCAAUCUGAUUGAAGCAACAUUUCAGCAGUAUAAGACCGAUCUUGUGCCUUUGGUUAAGAGCACGACUAAGGAAUCCCAGGCCAACUACGUUUACAUCAUGCCAGACUAUGAAAACCCCAGGAUGGGCCACCCUGUGUUUCUGGAGCUGACCCCAGCACCUGAGAUACAAUACAAAAUUGUGCCUGGAAACAGCAAGCAGAUGAACGUAUUGGGAAUUGUCAUAUUCUCUGCCACUAUGGGUCUUUUGCUGGGCAGACUGGGAGAGAGAGGACUACCUUUAGUGAAUGUAUGUCAGUGCAUCAAUGAGUGCGUCAUGAAGAUCAUUAACGCUGCCAUGUGGUAUUUCCCGUUUGGCAUCGUGUUCUUGGUGGCGGGUAAGAUCUUGGACAUGCACGAUCCCGCGGUCCUAGCGGAGAAACUGGGGAUGUACUUCAUGACGGUUCUGGCUGGGCUUUUCGUCCACGGCGUCAUUCUGCUUCCUCUCUUCUUCUUCAUCCUGACCAAAAAGAAUCCCUUUAGUUACAUCAGGGGCCUCCUGCAGGCACUGGUCAUCGCCCUGGCAACGUCAUCCAGCUCUGCCACUCUGCCUAUCACAAUGAAGUGCUUGCUAGAAAACUGCCACGUGGAUAGAAAGAUUGCACGAUUUGUUCUUCCUGUGGGUGCUACUAUUAACAUGGACGGCACCGCACUUUACGAAGCAGUGGCUGCCAUCUUCAUCGCUCAGGUCAAUGAGUACGACCUUGACUUUGGACAAAUUGUCACCAUCAGUAUCACAGCCACAGCUGCAAGCAUUGGAGCAGCCGGAAUCCCACAGGCUGGCCUCGUUACCAUGGUGAUUGUGCUGACCUCAGUAGGUUUACCGCCUGAUGACAUCACGCUUAUUGUGGCCAUUGACUGGAUCCUGGAUCGAUUUCGAACAAUGAUCAACGUGCUUGGAGAUGCUUUAGCUGCAGGAAUCAUGGCUCACUUGUGCAGAAAGGACUUUCAGAAAGACUUCCCAAAGAACACUGAAAGGAGGGACACAGUAAUCUCUUAUGGAAAUCAAAGCGUCCAGAGUAUUCCCUCAUCGGAGGUGCCGCUAAUAGCCAACAGGGACUACAUUCUGGAGGUGGUCGGGGACACGGUGAUAGAGAGGCCUACUACCUAUUAUAACCUCUGCCAAGUCUAA